AUGCCGUUGUUAGAUCUGCCCUUGGAGAUCUUCGAGGAAGUCCUGGCGGCUGUUGCAGACGUCGAGCAGCGAAGUCUUCUACGAUAUCGACUCAUCUGCAAAACGUUCGCAAACAUCAUCAAGAAACGUAUCAUUGCGGCCGCUGUCCCAAAGGAUCUCGCCAAGUUCCUGGAUGACCGACUAUCCACUCGCCUAUUCGAACAACAUGGUAGCGAUGUUCUCUACGAGACUGCUAUGCGCCCCGAGACUUUGGGGAACCAAGUCAUACAUUUCAUCCGCGAUAUAGUCAAGGCUUCCGAACCAGAUUCUACACUUCGAUCUAGACAGACCAUGAUCAUAUGCGUUAGCAUUAUGGCAGUCGAGCCAAAAUACCUACGUGCCUAUAUCCAGGGUACUGAUAUUGUCAACAAAGAAAAAUGGCCAAUUCCGCUCGCAGAUAUGUUGCCCGCUAUUGCUGCCGCUUCAGGAGAUAUUGAGCUUUUCAAAAACCCGACUCUUACACCAGCCCUGCUUCUCAAGCAAAGCCAUGAUCUUCUGCCAAGUGCACUCAAAGCCGCAAUUGCAGCAGAUCAGUUCAAUGUGCUUGAGCGCAUCCUCAAGUACCUCGUGGACAACGUCAAGGGCAAGCGCGACUCUGGCUCAUGGAAGGACAUGCGGAAUGCCGCCAAGAAGAUCGGCAGAGCGUUGUGUACGGCGAUACGUCUGCAUAAGAACGUCGCCGGAAAUAUGUUGUUCGAUUUCCGUGAAGAGAACAAGUUCUUCUCCACGUUUGCGCCUGACGAAUUGGGCGACUGGCUCGUCAACGAAGCCUCUAGGUACGACAACACGGCUUUAUUGUACCGCGUUUUGGAGGUCAAUAACCCUGGGAUUAUGGCGCACGUCAAGAAAGGGACCAAGAGGUAUUACAGCCUUAAUUCUCAAUCCUUUGAGAGCCUAUACCGAAGAGGCGGGAUCAAGAUCUGGAGUAUGCUACUGGAAGAUGGUGUCGUGGAACUGAACAAAGUGUGCUCGGACAAGACUCCACUUCAGCAAGCCCUCAAAAGACGGCGAUACGAUAUUGCCGGCCUUUUCAUCAACAAAGGUGCAUCGAUUAACAGUAUUACGAAGGACGGCAACAACAUUCUGUGGGAGGCCGCAAAUGAUGGGUACGAAAAAGAUGUCAAGUUUCUACUCAGCCACGGCGCGGACCCCAGAGUUGUUGGGAAGAACAGAACCUCGGCAAUUUCAGUUGCGACAACGUACGGGUAUGGCAAAUGUCGUUUCUUGCUUGAGAAGGCAAGAGAUCACGGAAAAGAGUAUCUCGAGCGCACCGAUCUAUGGGCGGUAUACGAAACUGAGGUCUUUGAUGACCGCUGGGGAUUUUAG